AUGUCCGCGCGGGGUUCAAGUCCGUCGGACGGAGAGUCUGGCGACGAGCAAGUUGCCGUGAAGAUCGAACAGAAAUGGGCUGUCACCAGUAGCGGCUCAAGGACAUGGCUGCCAACCACUGUGGAGAAGGCUGGGGCGCCCUUCGUCAAGCUUGCCAAAUUCGACCGCGGCUUUGUGAAGUUCUGCUUGAACAAGACCAUGAGUUCCACUUCAAAGAAAGGCGAUGGCCACAGGAAUGCGAACGUUCCGCACUUUGAUGCCAUGCUCGGCUUGCGCAAGGAAGCAAGCGUCCUGGCAGCAUCGGCAGCCCUUGAAAUGGAGGACUCGCUGCCAGAAGAUUCCAAGGCAGUGAGGCGCAAGAAGCGCAAAGUCAGAGAAGAGGAUGCGCACCUGGUCAGCCCCAUCGUGACGAUCCAGACGCCGCAGCUGGAGUGGAAGGGCGUCACCCACGAGUCAAGGGGAAUGCGGGUCUUGUGGGGGCUCACGUCCAAGAACCUUUGGAUUGAGCUGACUGUGGAGAACAUGAGCUUCAUGAAGAACCUUGUUGCGUCAGGACAGAAACAGCUGAAGCCACGAAAGCGCGCUUCGCCCAAGAAGAAGCUGCGCAAUGCGGAGUCUGGCGCUCUUCCUGAAGCUCCAGCCAUUCAUGCUGCAGACUGA